AUGGAAGCAGGAAGUGGUGACCCGGAGUCAGUACUCUCCGUGGACCCUGUUCAUCAACCAGGAAGUGGUGACCCGGAGUCAGUACUCUCCGUGGACCCUGUUCAUCAACCAGGAAGUGGUGACCCGGAGUCAAUACUCUCCGUGGACCGUGUUCAUCAACCAGGAAGUGGUGACCCGGAGUCAAUACUCUCCGUGGACCCUGUUCAUCAACCAGGAAGUGGUGACCCGGAGUCAGUACUCUCCGUGGACCCUGUUCAUCAACCAGGAAGUGGUGACCCGGAGUCAAUACUCUCCGUGGACCGUGUUCAUCAACCAGGAAGUGGUGACCCGGAGUCAAUACUCUCCGUGGACCGUGUUCAUCAACCAGGAAGUGGUGACCCGGAGUCAAUACUCUCCGUGGACCGUGUUCAUCAACCAGGAAGUGGUGACCCGGAGUCAGUACUCUCCGUGGACCCUGUUCAUCAACCAGGAAGUGGUGACCCGGAGUCAAUACUCUCCGUGGACCGUGUUCAUCAACCAGGAAGUGGUGACCCGGAGUCAAUACUCUCCGUGGACCCUGUUCAUCAACCAGGAAGUGGUGACCCGGAGUCAGUACUCUCCGUGGACCCUGUUCAUCAACCAGGAAGUGGUGACCCGGAGUCAAUACUCUCCGUGGACCGUGUUCAUCAACCAGGAAGUGGUGACCCGGAGUCAAUACUCUCCGUGGACCGUGUUCAUCAACCAGGAAGUGGUGACCCGGAGUCAAUACUCUCCGUGGACCGUGUUCAUCAACCAGGAAGUGGUGACCCGGAGUCAGUACUCUCCGUGGACCCUGUUCAUCAACCAGGAAGUGGUGACCCGGAGUCAAUACUCUCCGUGGACCGUGUUCAUCAACCAGGAAGUGGUGACCCGGAGUCAAUACUCUCCGUGGACCCUGUUCAUCAACCAGGAAGUGGUGACCCGGAGUCAAUACUCUCCGUGGACCCUGUUCAUCAACCAGGAAGUGGUGACCCGGAGUCAAUACUCUCCGUGGACCCUGUUCAUCAACCAGGAAGUGGUGACCCGGAGUCAAUACUCUCCGUGGACCGUGUUCAUCAACCAGGAAGUGGUGACCCGGAGUCAAUACUCUCCGUGGACCCUGUUCAUCAACCAGGAAGUGGUGACCCGGAGUCAGUACUCUCCGUGGACCCUGUUCAUCAACCAGGAAGUGGUGACCCGGAGUCAAUACUCUCCGUGGACCGUGUUCAUCAACCAGGAAGUGGUGACCCGGAGUCAAUACUCUCCGUGGACCCUGUUCAUCAACCAGGAAGUGGUGACCCGGAGUCAAUACUCUCCGUGGACCCUGUUCAUCAACCAGGAAGUGGUGACCCGGAGUCAAUACUCUCCGUGGACCCUGUUCAUCAACCAGGAAGUGGUGACCCGGAGUCAAUACUCUCCGUGGACCGUGUUCAUCAACCAGGAAGUGGUGACCCGGAGUCAAUACUCUCCGUGGACCCUGUUCAUCAACCAGGAAGUGGUGACCCGGAGUCAAUACUCUCCGUGGACCGUGUUCAUCAACCAGGAAGUGGUGACCCGGAGUCAAUACUCUCCGUGGACCGUGUUCAUCAACCAGGAAGUGGUGACCCGGAGUCAAUACUCUCCGUGGACCGUGUUCAUCAACCAGGAAGUGGUGACCCGGAGUCAGUACUCUCCGUGGACCCUGUUCAUCAACCAGGAAGUGGUGACCCGGAGUCAAUACUCUCCGUGGACCCUGUUCAUCAACCAGGAAGUGGUGACCCGGAGUCAAUACUCUCCGUGGACCGUGUUCAUCAACCACCCCUCCUCAGCACUCGGCUUUACCUGAACCGUACAUACGUAGAGUUGACUCAGCUUUAUAAGAACCAUAUAUAA